CCCUCCUCUGCUUUCCUUGCACGACCAUUCCUUUCCUUCCUGCCGGCCUCUGAUGGAUUUUAAAGAUUGAAAACUUAUUAAUUCAGUGCGGGUGAGGAAAUCCAUAUUCUUAUUCUACUUACGCUUCCAUUAUUACAGUUGAAGGAAGAGUCAGAUCGCAUAGCAUCUCUCUCUCGCUGUCGCUCCAACGCGAUUACUCAUUCGGCUUGUUGCUCUCUUUCGCUCGUCCGCUGCAAUUUUCGACCCUCAUCUCCGAUCGAGCUCGCCUCUCUUCUGCGAUUCGUACUCUCUGAUUCCAAUCCUCCAAUCCCUAGCUCUAAGUAGGAGGAGGAGGAACAAAGGGAAGAGGGGAUGGGAGCAUUCGUGUCUAGAUUUUGGUUCAUGUUGUUUCCUGCAAAGGAAUACAAGAUUGUGGUGGUUGGGUUGGAUAAUGCAGGGAAGACCACCACCCUUUACAAAUUGCACUUGGGUGAGGUCGUGACUACUCACCCUACCGUUGGUAGCAAUGUGGAAGAGGUUGUCUACAAGAAUAUACGUUUUGAGGUAUGGGACCUCGGAGGACAAGAGAGGCUAAGGGCAUCAUGGGCAACAUAUUACAGAGGAACUCAUGCCAUAAUCGCAGUAAUAGACAGCACUGAUAGAGCAAGGAUUUCCAUAAUGAAGGAAGAACUUUUCCGGCUGUUGGGCCAUGACGAAUUGCAGCAGUCUGUUGUGCUCGUGUUUGCAAACAAACAAGAUCUGAAAGACGCCAUGACUCCUGCGGAGAUAACAGAUGCUCUUUCGCUCCAUAGCAUCAAGAAUCAAGAUUGGCACAUCCAAGCGUGUUGUGCCCUCACGGGUGAUGGCUUGUACGAUGGCCUUGGAUGGAUUGCUCAGAGGGUUACUGGCAAGGCACCAAGUUAG